AGGAGGAAAAAAAUUACUAAGGAGCGCACAGCAGUCUGUCUUCGCACACUGCUAGAAAAAUAUGAUCCGGAGAAGAUCGCGCGUCUUUUCCAACAGGACAACAUUCCCAGUGCGACUCAUUUCAGCUGAACACCACCGAGGCUUUGCUCCCUAGUGAACUCUUCUCUUACAAACAUCUCUCUCUUUUGAUUUCUCCCUUUCUGCGCUGGAGCUUUCGUGCCAGAAAAUGUGCGUGGAGAGCGAUGGAUGCGAUAUCGAAGGCUGCAGCAGUUCGGAUGAGGUGCGCACGCUGUCUGGCAGCAUGAGCCCGGGUCUGAUGCCCAGCCCGGACCUGCGUCCCUGCAAGCCGGGCCAGAAAUUCCGCGCGGCGCUGCUCAGGUACCGCUCCAUGCCGGCUGUCGCCGCGGGGAUCCUCACUUUUGGAAACGUCCUCAAUUACAUGGACAGAUACACCGUGGCGGGUGUUUUGCUGGACAUUCAGCGGGAUUACAGUGUGACGGACAGCCAGGCCGGCUUGUUGCAAACAGUCUUCAUCUGUAGCUUUAUGGUGGCAGCUCCCAUCUUCGGUUACCUUGGCGACCGCUUUAACAGAAAGGUCAUCUUGAGCUGUGGCAUUUUCUUCUGGUCCAUUAUCACCCUGUUGAGCUCGUUCAUCCCAAGUGAGCACUACUGUCUGUUCGUGCUCUCCAGAGGCCUGGUGGGUAUCGGAGAGUCCAGCUACUCCUCCAUCUCUCCCACCAUCAUCGGCGACCUGUUCACCAGUAACAAACGCACCAUGAUGAUCUCAAUUUUCUACCUGGCCAUCCCACUGGGAAGUGGGUUGGGUUACAUCCUGGGCUCCGGUGCGAAGGACGCCGCCAAAGACUGGCACUGGGCAUUAAGGGUGUCCCCCCUCCUGGGUAUCACCGCAGGAGCUUUGAUCCUGCUCUUUGUGCCAGAUCCAAAAAGAGGCGACACUCACCAGAAGGGAGGACGCAUGAGGACCAGCACCUCCUGGAUCUACGACAUUAAAGCACUCCUCAAGAAUCGCAGCUACAUGUUCUCUUCCCUGGCGUCGGCAGCAGUGUCCUUUGCUAUAGGUGCCUUUGGCAUGUGGAUUCCCAUCUACCUGUUCAGGGCCCAGGUGGUGCAGAAGAUAGCGGUGCCCUGCACUAAAGGAAUCUGCCGCAGCACAGACAGCCUGAUCUUUGGGGCGAUCACCUGCGUGACGGGACUGCUGGGCGUGAUCAUCGGGUUUGCCACCACCCGCUUCUUUCGCAAGAAGACGGAUCGAGCUGAUCCGCUUGUGUGUGCUAUCACCAUGCUGGGGUCAGCCAUCUUUAUCUGCAUCAUUUUCGUGGUGGCCAAGAAGAGCAUUGCUGGAGCUUAUAUUUGCAUCUUCAUCGGAGAGACGCUGCUUUUUGUGAACUGGGCCAUAACUGCUGACAUUUUAAUGUUUGUCGUUAUUCCCUCAAGGAGAGCAACAGCCCUUGCCUUCCAGAGCUUCACCACUCAUCUCCUGGGCGAUGCGGGAAGUCCGUAUCUGAUCGGUCAGAUCUCCGACAGACUUCAGAAGAACUAUACUACAUCAGCGCUAUGGCAGUUCCUCAGUUUGGGCUACGCGCUCAUGUUGUGUCCCUUCAUCAUCGUCCUGGGGGGCAUGUUUUUCCUGGCCACUGCACUGUUCUUCUUGGAUGACAAGGAGAAGGCCGAGAAACAGUUGAACCAGUCCACACAUCGGUCCUCUUCCGUCAAGGUAUGACCAGGUGGUGAGCCAACAAGAAGCCUUCUGAGCAAACUAAAGAAGAUGCUCUCCGUCCUUUUAUCGUCCUCUUGACUCCUGCUGCUCUUACACGCUCGUGGAGGCCACGCCAAACUGAAACGAGGGAGCGUCUUGCCCCUCCUCAAACUGCCAGUGAGGAAGUGCUCUGCUGUGUGCUGAAAUCAUCCCUCCAAACGACGGAGGUUUCAUCACCUCCGUCUGCGAGGAUCCACUGAACCUUCCAGGGGGGAUUUCGUACCCCUGGGAGUCCUAAUGCCAUACUACUGAAUGCUGACCCUGAACCCGCCCUGCCUGCCUGCCUGCUUGCCCAGCCGUAUGUCUCAUAUGUGUCUGUCUGUGUCUUUCAUUUGGCUGUCAACCUGCACCAAGUGCCAUAGCCUCAUGACAUUCCUUCGGACUUUGCACUGAGUUCACCACUGGCUAUGUUUACAUGCACGUAACAGUUCUGGGAUCAUCAAGCUGUGUGUGUGUGCAUCUUUUAGAUUCUAAUGUUUUGCAGAAAUUAUCCCACCCAGACUUUUUUUUAGUUUAGACCAAUGAAAAGUGUUAACCGUCAUCUGUUGUGGAAAGAGGGAUGCAACAGGUGCUUAAAUGAACAAAAACACAAUCUGUUUUGGACCUUGACCACAGGAUCAGUGUUGCAACGAUCCAGUCAUGCUGCAGUGACACCGUACUCCCAUGCAGGAAUCUGCAACUGCUAAAAUGCACAGAGCUGCAGCUUCCUGCACUUUCUUAGGAGUCGUAGAGCUACAGCAGUACUGGAAUGUGAUUUGAUUUUUGCAAUGCUUGGUGGUCCAUCUUUACAGAAGCACUUCCCAUAUUGUGACAACUGUCAGAUACACCUUAAUCACAGUAUUAACAAAAAAAAUGUUUUGAUUUAUUUGACGGGUGCAGUAUUCUUCUUUUUUAGCUCUGCUGUGCAUGUAAACAUAGCGGUCAACCAAGAGCCAAAAACAGUGUUACAGUUCAAAGGUCAGUGAGUCAGCCUUAAGAACAGGAACUUUCACAUCCACAGAUGUUUAACCCAGAUUUAUGAAUUCUGCUUGAUGUUUUUUAGCACUUAAACCAGUGCAGGAGUGACGAAUCUGCGCGAUUUCUGCACAUUUUGUUACUUUUGAUUUUUGUGUGUGAGUAUGUAAUGUCAAAUUUAAUAUUGAGCUAGGAUUGUUUUCGAGGAGUGAUGAUGCAAUUCGGGUGAUUUAAAGCAGACACUGGAUUUUAUGCUUUGUAAUUUAUUAUAUAUGUGCUCAUAUAUGCUUUAAUCCUUCCACCCCCUCCAAAACAACAUGGAUUGCUCCUCUCUUGGCUUGAAACGAAAGACAGCUGUGUGGGGAAACCAACCAUUACAUAUCCACACUGCCUUAUCAGGUAGUUGGGUCUCCCUUCAUACUCUCUGAUGGUUGGUUUUGAAUUUCUGGACACAAAAAACACCCACACAGAGACGGGGGUCACUUUUAAUGAUGGAUUCCAGUCCAGUCCUCGAGGGUCACAAUAACAUGCAUUGUGAAGAGAGAGAGAGGACACCCCUCCUUCAUGCAGUGUAGAUAUCUGAUUCCAGGAUUUGGUGAAAGGUCCUUUGAAAGGAGCUGGAGACGCAGUCAUCACUUUAUUAGUGAUUGGAAUCAAAACCCAGGAAAGGAGCCGGAAAGUUUUCAGCCUUAGGACGGACAGGAGAGACUCUUAUCAAUGAUAAGGAGUCUGUCUUUUUGGCGGAAGCACAUAAUAACAACAAGCUGCGUAACAGUCCAAUUCAAUAUUAGAAAUAACAAAUUAGUUUUAUAUAUAUAUAUAUAUAUAUAUAUAUAUAUAUAUAUAUAUAUAUAUAUAUAUAUAUAACUCAAUGCAUUAUUUUGGGGAGAAUAGUUUUUUUUAUUUCUACAAAUUUAGAGAAAUCUGGAGUUUAAAGCAACACAUAAGACGUUUUCUGCUUCUCCCUCCUACUGGUGGAAAGCAGAAUUACAACUGUCGUAAACAACCCUGCUGUAGCUAGCGCUAAGAAUGAGCUAAGGCUAACACAAGUAAACUGAUACUAAAUAAGCCUCGAAGUAAAAUGAUCCACACCGUUGGACAAAAAAAUAUUAUUACUUACAAGUUAAAUUGCAACAAAGCCAGGUCACCAUCAGUCUGUGAUUUCAUAGCCUCCUUUAGCUCACUGAAUUGUGUGCAGGCUGCGCCGAUGUUCACUCUGGUUUUAAGUUACUCUCUUACUUUUACCUCCAGGCUCUGCCAUGAUGGCAACAAAAAGAAAACCUAUUUUUGUUCUUCCUGUGCUUUUUUGUUGACAGUCAUCAAACUGAAAAAGCUAACUGCUAGCCUGUAUAUUAGUUACAGGCACAGCAAACAGCUGUUGUCUUAAAGGAAUUAGAAACCUCCCACUGGUGUUCCUACCCAAACCACAAAACUAUUAGAAGCUGUUUCUGGUAAUCAGAGGGCUACAGAGUGCUAUUCGGUGUAAGGUUGCUCAAUUUUACGGCUCAAGAACCACUGAAACCAGUUUGAAAGCAAUAUUUUAAAGCAUUUAAAAAUAUUUAGUGUUGCUUUAAGGGUGGAAUCAGCUGAGAACUUCUGCAUACAUGUUUUUCUUUUUUAAAAAAGCACUUUUUUCAAACCCCUAAGACAUGAUCUGAGGAGGAUUGUUGACUGACCCCAGCAGAGGAGUGUGUUACGGUGCAUCUUGUAGCAGUGGUGUGUUAGCGUGACUCACUGAGGGUGUGUGGGCUGUGUCCUUAAAGCCAGACCGUUAGCUUUAGCUUGUAUCCAGCUGCAUGGAGCUCUCUGAAUGUGAUCGCGUCCAACCCGAUGUGUUUACACACCUUCAUCUUAAAGAACUAAGCUUCUUACCCUCCAUUUGUUGAUUUUUCUUGUCUUUUACCAAAUGAGGUUUUUAUUAACUACAGUAGAUAUAUAUAUAUAUAUAAAUAUACAUAUAAAUAGCUAUAUCAUGCAGUAUCUUUAAUAUUAUUGUAAAUGAUGGUUUCGAUGCAAUGUAUUUAUUAUUUGUUACCAUAAUGAAGAAUUUUCUAUAAAGGGAAGUUUAUAAUGUUGAAAUAUACUACAUUUUAUUGUGUCAUCGGGUUUUUAAAUGCCUAGUAGUUGGUUUUGUAUCAGAAUUAAUCAACACAUUACCUUUUACUUAUCACUAAGAUUCAUCUCGUUUACUGUGACUACAAAUUUGACUUCUCACACACAAAAAGAGAAGUGCAAUGUGAUGUUUUUAGGAUGCAAUUCUUUUGUUUUUGGUUUUUUUCCUCUGCUUUUGUGAAUUUAUAUUCUUUUAGAAUAACCAGAAGAAAAAAAUUAUUUUUGCACACUUAUUGUUCAGGGAUUUGUUUGAACCACAGCCUCUGUCGCAGACGUUUGUCACUUCACGCACAUUUUAAGGCGUUGAAGUCAAAGAAGCUGGCUCUGGUCAGAUGGGUCAUGAACAAAAGUUUCACUUUGCCAAAAACAGAGUUGAUUCUGGCGCCUAUCCUGUUGCGUUGAGUUCUUCUACGUAAAUGAUCCCCGAGGUGAUGUCCUGACAGCGUGCUAUUUCUUGUCAUACAAGAAUCUUGUAUAAAGAAACAUAUUUCUGAUGUUGAGCAGAAAACAGAGGCUAUUUUUUAUUUUUAGUCAGUAAAAAGAAGCUUCAGAGAAAUCAAAGUAAUAUAGUAAAACUGAAUUGUGACGCCACUUUGUCAAGGGAAGGGGGUGUCAAAUUAAAAUGUACAUGUCUGUAAAUCAAAUAAACCUAUUUAAUCACC